GUGCCUCUCUGUAGCCUUCAUUCCAGCACAGGAGCUCAGAUAUUUUGCCCUCUUGUCCCUACCCACUCCGGAGAUCCCUCAUUUACAUUUCCAUCUCUUCCUCCCCCAUUUACAACUUCUUUUUAACAAAAAAGAGAACAUUUUCUAGAGGAAAGGAUUUUUUUUCUCAAAAGAAAGGACUUAACACAAAAGCCACCCGACUUCAAGCAUGGCACUGUCACCAGCCCCCUUUGCAUGGUGAUGCUAUUAAGGAAACUAGAUCCCUGCCAAAUUUUGAAUCUGGACAAUAAAUACUUUGUCCUAGCUUCUUUCUGGACUCAUUUUGGGGAUAUUUUCCACAAGCAUCACAGAAACAGGAAUGAACCGACAGCUAGUGAACAUUUUGACAGCCUUGUUUGCAUUUUUCUUAGAGACAAGCCACUUCAGGACAACUUUCUGCAAAGACCAUGACUCCAGGUCUGGAAAACAACCUUCGCAGACCCUGUCUCCUUCAGAUUUCUUGGACAAAUUAAUGGGAAGAACAUCAGGAUAUGAUGCAAGGAUCAGGCCAAACUUUAAAGGUCCUCCAGUAAACGUUACUUGCAAUAUUUUUAUCAACAGUUUUGGAUCAGUCACAGAAACCACCAUGGAUUACCGAGUGAACAUUUUUCUGAGACAACAGUGGAAUGAUUCACGGCUGGCAUACAGUGAGUAUCCUGAUGAUUCCCUCGACUUGGACCCAUCUAUGCUGGACUCCAUUUGGAAACCGGAUUUGUUCUUUGCCAAUGAGAAGGGGGCUAACUUCCAUGAUGUCACAACCGACAACAAACUGCUUAGGAUUUCCAAAAAUGGCAAAGUGCUCUACAGUAUCAGACUCACCUUGACUUUAUCCUGUCCCAUGGACUUGAAGAAUUUUCCAAUGGAUGUCCAGACCUGCACAAUGCAGCUGGAAAGCUUUGGGUAUACAAUGAAUGACCUUAUAUUUGAGUGGCUAAGUGAUGGUCCAGUUCAAGUUGCUGAAGGAUUGACCCUGCCCCAGUUUAUUUUGAAAGAAGAAAAGGAGCUUGGCUACUGCACAAAGCACUAUAACACUGGCAAGUUUACCUGCAUUGAAGUUAAAUUUCAUCUGGAACGCCAAAUGGGAUAUUAUUUGAUCCAGAUGUACAUCCCCAGCCUACUGAUAGUCAUUUUAUCCUGGGUCUCCUUUUGGAUAAACAUGGAUGCGGCCCCUGCUAGGGUUGCCCUAGGCAUCACCACAGUAUUAACCAUGACAACUCAGAGUUCUGGAUCCAGAGCUUCUCUGCCAAAGGUGUCCUAUGUGAAGGCAAUAGAUAUCUGGAUGGCGGUGUGCCUUCUGUUUGUGUUUGCUGCCUUAUUGGAAUAUGCUGCUGUGAACUUUGUCUCCAGGCAACACAAGGAAUUCCUGCGACUCCGGAGAAGACAGAAGAGGGAGAAUAAGGAAGAAGAUGCUACUCGGGAAAGUCGCUUUAAUUUCAGUGGUUAUGGGAUGGGUCACUGCCUCCAAGUGAAGGAUGGAGCCUCUGUCAAGACCGCACCUGUCAACCCUGUCCCACAACCCCCCAGAGAUGCAGAUGCCAUCAAGAAGAAGUUUGUGGAUCGAGCAAAAAGGAUUGACACAAUAUCGCGAGCUGCCUUCCCACUGGCCUUCCUCAUCUUCAACAUCUUUUACUGGAUCACGUACAAGAUCAUUCGGCAUGAAGAUGUUCACAAGAAAUAGAUGUGCUCUGCAGACCCCAGGACCUUCUUGCC